CUGUGGAGCGCGAAAGGAAGCACGUCCGAUGCGUGAGCUCUAGAGCUCAUCACUGGAGCCUACGCUCCUUUACCUCUUUAUUUCCUUCGCUGUUUGCUCCGUGAGCGCCAAUGCCAUCGCAAGAGAUGCGGAUGCUUCAGAGUUUUGCGGAGCGUCUGUAAAUUGUCAUUAAUUUUGUCCUUUGUAUGCUGCAGGUUCUUCGGCACUUCCAGCUUUGUGGAAAUCGCACCCAAUUUUUGAUUGCCUUCAAUUCCUACGUGUGACGGAACCAACUGCGACUUAGCACUCAAGCCGGUGCUCCUGAGGUCUUUAAUCAAAGCGAGACAUCGCUUAGUCAACUUUUCACGAGGUUCUCACAACGCUUGAGACACUUCAAUAUAGUACACUUCUCAUACCCUGCGCAACUGCGUCUGAGAAGAACAAUGGCCGCCAGCAACGCGGGCUGCUCGACGCAAACCAGGGAUAAUGCAUUGAAGCUUCGCCGCGUCGAAGGCAUCUUGAUCACUGACCGGUUCAACGAGUCUCGGCUGCGAUCAGCGAUGCAGUACGAGCCGAGGGCCGGCGACGUGUUCAUCAUGGGCUUCCCGAAGACGGGCACAACUUGGUUGCACUUCAUGGUGCGGCGCUUGCUCAACAAAGAUGACGAGACGCCGCUGGAGAGCGCUGCCGCGUGCGCGCCCGGUGUUUCGUUCCUCGAAAUCGCCGGUGCCGGGAACGUCGAGUCACUGCGUAGACCUGGCGCUGUCAUCAAGACGCACUUGCUCUUCGAGAACGUGCGCUUCUCGGAAAAGGCCAGAUAUAUCUACGUGCUGCGUAACCCGUACGACACCUGCGUGUCGUUCUACCACCAUUUGCGAAAGGGGUCGUCGCGUUACAGCGACAUGAGCUUUGACGACUUCUUCGAGCAGUUCAUCGACGGCUAUGUUUACCCGGGUGACUACUUUGACCAUUUGACAUCUUGGCUGGGGCAAAGAUCAAAGGCCAACUUUCUCUUCAUCACGUACGAGGACAUAGUAAGAGAUCCCCGCUCCAGCGCCUUGAGAAUUGCAGCCUUUCUCGACAAAAGGCUAGAAAUGACUCUGAGCAAGGACGAGGCAGCGCUGGACGCAUUCUUGCAGACGACCUCCGCUGAUGUCAUGAAAGCGAUCUUCCGCGACGCCUACGCGGCCAGACAGCGAGACAUGGCCAGCGGCUCCAGCCAUUCCAAGUCAGCAAACCACAACCAAAUAACCAGCCCAUGUGAGCCGGAUGAAAGAGCCAGUGGCAGAAACAUCGUCAGGAAAGCUGUUGUCGGAGACUGGAAGAAUUACUUCUCGGCGUCUCAGACUGAACGCAUGAAGGCCAAAAUGGCAUCAACGAGUGUCGCACUCAAACAAUUACUUGAUGUUCUGUGGAAGAACGCUGGCAUGCCAUAGACAGCAGAUGUUGCGCACACGCUAUGUGCGUGCAGAGUGAUGGCAGCACUUGCAUUGAUUCGCAAGCAUCAAGCUUCAGAAUAAAUUUACACAAAGUCGAGUUUUAUUGUCAAGUUCUUGUAUUAAGCCCAUAUUGUGCUGCUAUGAC